AUGAACGAACUGCAGGCUUUGCUGAAUGACAGCCUUAUCGGAACUAAGCAUGUGGAAAACGCAGCUAUCAUUGACAUAAAUGAAAGAAGAAUCUGUGCCUCAACCUCUGGCUUUCAUGUGCCACCAGAGAAUGUUUUAAACCUUAUCUCCGCCUUCUAAAAGGAGUUAUUGCAAGUUAGAAGGAGAGGACUCUACUUCAAGCAGACGUACUGUAAAUGUGUCCAUGCAGAUGAGCAUUCCAUCUAUCUUAAAAAUCCACAUGGAGGCCUGAUAGUUGUGAAGACACUGACUUUCAUCCUGGUUGCUACUUAUCGAGCAGGCAUGUAUCCCAGUGUGUGCGUGGAAGCUGUGGAGAAACUAGCAGACUUCUUUAGAGAGAAAGGUAGCUGA